AGCCGUAGCUCUUCUGCCCACUUGUAAGUGCAACUGGUAUGGGUAAUGGUGUGAGAGAAGGUCAAGUGGAUUUCGAACGGCAGGAUGCGGAGCCAGUUACGUCAACCCAUCUCCCGUCAGAGGAUAACCAGGAGAAAAAGAAAGUACUCAACUCCCUGAUGUCUGGCGCAUUGGCUGGUGCUGUUGCUAAAACUGCAGUAGCUCCACUGGAUAGGACAAAAAUCAUGUUUCAAGUGUCUUCAAAAAGAUUUUCUGCCAAGGAAGCCUACAGGCUGAUUUAUCGCACCUACCUCAAUGAAGGCUUCUGGAGUCUCUGGCGGGGCAACUCAGCCACCAUGGUCCGUGUCAUCCCUUACGCUGCCAUUCAGUUCUGUGCGCACGAAGAGUACAAGCAGCUCCUGGGGAGUUACUACGGCUUCCAGGGAAAAGCGCUGACACCCUUUCCUCGAUUCAUUGCUGGCUCUCUGGCAGGCACAACGGCUGCCAUGUUAACCUACCCCUUGGAUAUGGUCCGUGCUCGAAUGGCUGUCACGCCGAAGGAGAUGUACAGCAACAUCGUUCAUGUCUUCAUCCGAAUAUCCCGAGAGGAAGGAUUGAAAACUUUGUAUAGGGGAUUUACACCAACCAUCCUCGGAGUGAUUCCGUACGCUGGGCUUAGCUUCUUCACCUACGAGACGCUGAAGAAACUACAUGCAGAUCACAGUGGGAAAUCGCAGCCAUCCCCUCCGGAGCGGCUUUUGUUUGGUGCCUGUGCCGGCUUGAUUGGCCAGUCAGCUUCUUACCCCCUGGAUGUGGUUCGCCGACGCAUGCAGACGGCGGGGGUUAUGGGACACACGUACAGUUCCAUCCUUCUCACCAUGCAGGAGAUUAUAAGAGAAGAGGGACUAAUCCGUGGCUUGUACAAAGGACUCAGCAUGAACUGGGUCAAAGGUCCAAUUGCAGUGGGAAUAAGCUUCACAACCUUUGACCUGACGCAGAUCCUUCUCCGUAAAUUACAGCACAGCACUAAUGUUGAAAGGUAGUAGCUUAAUCCCCACAGCCCUUGCUGGGGAAGAGUACAACACGUGUAGAAAGAGCAAUGCUAGCGUUCCCUCACUUUGUACGUGCUCUCC